AAGGGGAACAGGAUUGCCUAAAACCGUUUUGAGUGAGGACCGUAGGUGCUCUCAGUGGACCUGUGUGCAGGCUCAGGUGCUCUUUGCAGGUUUGGUCAUCGCGCAGCUGCAACAUUGUAGCAAAGACAGAGAGGCAGAAAGGUUAGUGUGUGUCGGCGAGCAGUGAAAGUGGCCACACAGCCGCUUGCUCAUUGUGCAUUGUAGUGUCACAGGCCCGUUUACAGACAGAACCAGCUUCAUCCCUGACUGAUGGACGUCCUCAGCUUCGUGUGCGCUGCGCUCCUGUGCACAGUUUUGGUGCACGGUAAGCCGACGUUAAGAAAAGAGAGAGUGCUUCAUGACCCAGAGCUGAGCAGGCAAGCCCAUGAGGACAAUAAAAGCUUCCAAUACGACCAUGAGGCCUUUCUUGGCAAAGAGGAGGCCAGGACAUUUGACCAGCUCACCCCAGAAGAGAGCAAAGACAGGCUCAGUAAAAUAGUGGACCGGAUAGACAGCGAUGCCGAUGGCUACAUCACCACAGCCGAACUCAAGGCUUGGAUAAAACGUGUACAGAAGCGUUACGUUUAUGAGAAUGUGGCAAAGGUGUGGACAGACUAUGACCUGAACAAAGACAACAAGAUUUCAUGGGAGGAGUACAAGCAAGCCACAUAUGGAUACUACCUGGCCAACCCAGAGGAGUUUGAGGAAGCAACAGACCAGUUCAGCUUUAAGAAGAUGCUCCCUCGUGAUGAGAGGAGGUUUAAAACAGCCGAUGUGAACGGGGACCUGGCAGCAGACAGAGAAGAGUUCACAUCGUUCCUCCACCCUGAGGAGUUUGAACACAUGAGAGAUAUUGUGGUUCUGGAAACCCUGGAGGACAUUGACAAGAACGGCGACGGACACGUGGAUGAAGACGAGUAUAUUGCUGACAUGUUUGCUCAUGAGGACGGGGGUCCGGAGCCGGACUGGGUCAAGACUGAGAGGGAACAGUUCUCUGAUUUCCGAGACUUGAACAAAGACGGUAAAAUGGAUCAGGAUGAAAUCCACCACUGGAUUAUGCCACAAGACUACGACCAUGCUCAAGCUGAAGCCAGACAUCUGGUGUACGAGUCUGACCAGGACAAGGACCAGAUGCUGACCAAAGAGGAAAUCCUUGAAAACUGGAACAUGUUUGUGGGCAGCCAGGCCACCAACUAUGGAGAGGACCUCACCAAGAACCACGACGAGCUCUGAGCUGUCAGUGCAGCUUCUGAUGAGUGAGUGUUAUUGUAUGAGGAGAGUUGGUGAACAUCUUUGUCUUUAAAGACAGAAUCACAGACUCUUGCACCUCCUCCCACCACCGCAACCACCACUCUGUCCUCUCCUCCUGACGGUGCGAAAGGUGUCAGAGUGCCGGAUUGUAAACCAACACUAUAGACACCAGACAAGAGGAGGGACAAAGGGCCAGUUCUACCACUAACACUAAGGCCCCGUCUUGGUUUCACACAGACAAUUUUGUUUCUGACAUUCAGGAGCAAAGUCCGACCCCUUGGAUUAAUAUUCCAUCAAUGGUGCCUUCCAGCCGCAUCGCCGGCUUCGCUGCCUCAGAGAUCUGUGUAGAUAGUCUUUAAAAAAAACUGUAAAAGCUAAACGCCAAGCUUUAGGUGAAUUGUCAAACAUUUUUUGAUCGAAAUGUUAAUGUGAAAGUACAACACAGAACAUUUAUUCUGAUUUUAUUUAUUUAUCAAAUCUCUUCUGAGCUUUAGGUUUGAGAGGAGUGAAGUGUUUAAACUAGAGUUUGUUUUCACAAUGAUGUUUCUUUGUUUACAGUUUUCCUGGCCAUAUGAUUUUCAUGAUUUGAUGUUUUUUUAUUAGUUAAGUGCUUCAAUAACUGUUAAGUAACUGAUGUUUAAUGGCAUGGUUUUUGCACGCGUUUGGUUUUAGUGUAGCCUGUGAAAGAUCAUUUUUCUACAUACUUAGUUUGAAUUGUAUUUAUUGGUCCAACAGUGUGCUCCAUUUUUUUAUGACCUUUUCUGAUGUUACAUUUGAGCUUUAACUUUUUACAACUGUCAUAUUUAAUUAAGAUUGUGUUUUGAGUACUUUAUUGGUUUAAAUACGCGUUACAUCACUCCCAGGUGAGGUCAUCUUUUUGUAUCUGAUAUAGGCCAAUAGACCAGAUUUACCUUCACUGCAUUUGUUAUUGUAUAUUCUGUAUAAGCCUGGUGUUUUUGAACAUCAGAAAUUCAUCUUUUGUCUUUUUAAUGACAUUUUUGUGUUGUUCAGUGGAUAGUUUGUAUGACAGGUGCAUAGAACUAUGCAAGUCAUAAUAGAUCAAACUACAACCAAAAUUUGUAAUUUUAGUCACAAUUGUCACUUCAUACAGUUUUUUUCUCCUUUUAAACUUUUUCUUUCUGUUGUGUUUUAUUGUGCCACACCUCAUUGACUAAAUAGUCACAAAUGCGCACAAAUGCAUCAACAUGUCUCCCUUUCAUCA